CCGUCUAUCUAUAUAUUAUGUUAUUAUAUAAAAGCAAGUCUCCUCUCCCCCAAGGCUGGCCACUUUCAUCAAACUGCAGUCUGCAUCACUACGACUAGUUACGCAACCCUUCCCUUUUCUUAUCGCAACAGAAUCGUCGGUUAACCAGCCAACUGGCUAGCGAGUCGAUUGUUCACCAUGUUGGAAGCACUUAUCCAGUCCGGGAGUGCCUACUGGGUCGACCUGGCUCUCUCCUUCGUCGUCCUGCUCGUCGUUUCGUAUGUUGCUCGACUCGUCAGCCAUCGCCAGAGAUAUUCGAAGUUCCCCCUGCACAUUGACAAGUCCAACCCGAAACAGAUGUUAUUGUCUGGCUUUGCCAAGUAUAAAAACGCAUUCCACAUCAACACUGCCAUUGGCAAGGAUAUCAUUCUUUCAGCAGACUACGCCAACGAACUAAAGAGUGACCCUCAUCUCGAUUUUGCCAAAGCUAUUCUUCCGGUAACUAGCCACUCUCCUAUUCCCCUGAACCCCUUGGUUGUCUCUUAUUGGUUAGCGCUAACUCAUUGUAUAGACUCUCCUUACCCAUCUCUCAACAUUCCACCACAUUGAAGAGGCUGGUAAGAACCAGGUUUUGACAGAGACCAUUCGAAGCAAACUUUCACGGCUGCCUGGUAAGGAUAUAAGAUACUCACCCUAUAGAUGAAUCAUGUUUUGUCCUUUACUGACUAUGGGUAAUACAGUACAUCUUAAGCAAGCUGUGUCCAGAGAGGCAACAGAAACUAUUCGUGAUAAGUUUACGGACAAUGAAGAAUGGCAUGAAAUUCCCAUCAAAGAUACCAUUGUGAAGAUUGUGGCCCGUAUGUCGUCCAGGGUUUUCCUUGGCGAGGAACUUUGCCGCAAUGAAGAAUGGCUGAGGAUUACGGCUGAGUAUACGAUCAACUUGUUCAUUGCCGUUAACGAGCUUAUGACCUGGCCUACAUACGUCCGUCCUAUCGUACAGUGGUUCCUCCCGCCAUGUCAACGCCUGCGCCAACAGGUUGCAGAUGCGCGACGACUCAUCCAACCAGUUAUCGAUGCACGACAUGCGGAGAACUACGAGCUUCGACGUCAAGGCAAGCCCCCCAGGCAGCAUGAGGAUGCCAUUGCAUGGCUUGAUGAGAAAUCUGGUGGCCGGUCAUUCGAUGCUGCGAUCGCACAGCUCAGCUUGUCCUUUGUAUCGAUCCAUACCACCACUGACCUAUGCACUCAAGCCCUCUACGACAUCUGUGCCAACCCAGAACUCAUUCAGCCUCUCAGAGAAGAGAUAAUCAGCGUCCUCGGAAGUCGUGAGUUGGAUACUACGGCCCUAUAUCAGAUGAAGCUUUUGGAUAGUGUUAUCAAGGAGAGUCAAAGACUCAAGCCCGCCGGUCUUCUUUCUAUGAAGCGAUAUGUAAAGGAAAGUAUCACUCUUUCAGAUGGCCUAGUCGUCCCCAAGGGAACAAGCAUAUCUGUAUCCAGCCAUGUUCAUUGGGAUGAAUCCGUGUACCCAGAACCCAACAAGUUUGAUGGAUAUCGCUUCCUCAAAAUGAAAGGAGACCGCGAGAAAGAUCGGAUUGCCAACCUAGUUGCCACCAGCCCUGAGCAUCUUGGAUUCGGACAUGGUGUCCAUGCUUGCCCCGGCCGAUUCUUCGCCGCUGACGAAAUCAAGAUUCUCUGCCACAUUCUGCUCAAAUACGACUUCAGGCUAACUGAAAAAAGUAAUACCACACCUUACAUGAUGCCCGGUGGAGCCUAUAUGGCAAACAGCACACAGAUUGAGAUCAGGCGAAGGAAAGAGGAAAUCACUCUAUGACCUUGGUGAUGGGAAGAUGUUGAAGUGAGUUGUUUUCAUUUAAGUAACCUUAUAUUGUUGGCUUCGAACUCAACACAUAAGCGACUGCAUUUCUCUACACCCCCCGCCCUUCGAAGCAACUGGCAGGCCCAAAUUGUUUGCUUGAUGCAGGUUGACUGGUUUGAGCAUGAGCAGUUUGAUUAAGUUGUACUGGGAAAAACUUAGUUCCCUUGCUCACGGAAUUAAAACAAUUUCAAAGUUGAAAACCGCGCCACAGUGGUAAUAAAGUUCACCGAUUCAUGAAUUUUAGGUUUUGCUGCCUAUGUCAUUAAACAAGGCACGGCUAUGUUAUCCGUUUUGGUUUUAUAGAUGCUGAAUCUCAUUGAGUGUCUGUACUCAAACUCUCUCUUGGACGAGCGAGCAAGGAGCCUAGUUCCUAGGGGUGUUUUAAGUAUGCAAUAACGGAAUGCACAAGGGCGUUGGGCUAGCAGUUUGAACGGCAUAAACCUGCCUGUGCUGCUUUUAGUUACCAGUUGUGUCAAAGUGAUGAAUAGCUAGUAAUAUAACACUGCAAUGAAAAGUAUGCCAUCAUUUCAAGCUUUCGUGAUGUUUAAGUGCCAUUGUAAAAGAGGAUUCUCAAAUUUACUAUCAAAUUUACCAUCCAGCCAAGGUGAGCUAUCUCGUAUUAGAGACAGAUAUUAGCUAUAUUUGUAUCACGGUCGAAAUCAUCAUAACUAGUCAGGCAGGGUAACUAAGAAGGAAUUGAGGUAUUCUUGGCACAAAGGCGGGCGAGAUUCCUAGUAAGCAUGUCUUUGGUAUAUAAGAUAAAUUCGUUACGAAUAACAUCAGAAGCAAGAGAUAAGGCUGAAAUGGAGUAAAAUACGAUUGACCGUAUCAUUGCUAAAUCUUUGAUGCAAUAUAGCAGUUGAUACGGAUUAGUUGGUGACCCAACUUGGCGGCCACAGACCGUAAACAUACACUUAGCUGCACCGGAUCUCUGCCACGACACGGACAGGGGGAGUAAUCAUCUUGGCCUGGGUCCAAUUAUGGCCCUACGAUAUAUGACUAUGUAAAAUAGGCCUGCAUCUGACGAGUCCGAAGUCCUCGCUAAAAGGGCGAGAAAGCCUUCUUUUAAAGCUUAAAAAAGAAAUCGUUUAACUUAGUUAUCUGGUCUUGGCAAUCUUAUCUGAUCUUCAUCGAAAAAUGGACGCAUCUGGGCAUGGAUCCCAUCACUCCGAGCAGGCAAACUGCUAGUUCAUUAGCCUAUGAGAGAGCAACAGGAGGAAAAAGAAAGCCACGGAUGAUGAGCCAGACCAGUUGCCAACAGCUAAACAGAACAUCUUGAUUAACUAUUGGCUUGAUGCAUGGAUUUCCUUUCCAACCCCCGAAGGCCUAUGAAAAAAAAGAUAUUCACCGUAUCCUUGCCCCGCCGUUCAUCCAUCUUAUCUGAUCGGCCAACAUGAGCUUCUAUCGUCUUUGAAUGACGCUAUCGCGGGGUAGCUAGGUCGAAGACCAAGUUGAGGAUAUUACACCACCAGGGAGACGAUUCACAGAAACCGAGACGAGUAAAAUUCGCGAUCGAAA